AUUUCAGCCCUCGCCCUCCCCCUUUUAUAUACGAACCUUCUGCACCCCUUUCUCAGUCCCCCAAAACCCAGCCCCCACUCUCUGGCCUACCAUUUCAAAGUCUCGACUCUCUUUCUCUCCCAUUCUUCCCUACGAAAGCCAGUUUAAAUCAAUAUACAAGAUGGCCAAAGGAGGCAAGCUGCAGACCAAGCUCAAGUCAGUUUUCAAGAAAUGGAACUCCUUCAGCAAGCAAAGCCGUCCCAUUGCCUCUGUUGGGGACGAUGCUUCCUCCUGCAUCAUCUCUGCAGAUCGUCUCCACCCCGUCUACGUCGGCAACUCCCGGAGGCGCUACCUCGUUAGCUCCGACGUGGUCGACCACCCGCUCUUCAGAGAGCUUGUGGAUAGGUCUUCCAGUACUACUAGGGGCGACUCUGAAGACAGCACUAUCAACGUUGCCUGCGAGGUUGUUUUGUUUGAGCACUUGCUCUGGAUGCUCGUGAAUGCUGAUCCACAGCCUGAGUCUCUGGAUGAACUCGUCGAGUUUUAUGCUUGCUGAUGCUCGUGAAUGCAUGGUUACUUGUGGUGAUGAUCACUAAAAUAACCAAAGAGCAGGGUGGUAUAUACGUGUAAGCUUGGGUGAUUCUCGAUCUCCAAUCAUCCAUACGGUUAUGAUAUAUUAAUUAGUUAUAGAUCGUGUAAAUUUCUUAAUGGUUGAGAAGAAAUUGAAGGUAGAGAAGAGCGGCAUGUUUGUGAUCGAUUGAAAGGUAAGGAUUAACCCUUUUGACUAGAUCUGCAGGCUAAUCUCUUGGCCUGGUGGGAAUUAUUAUCAGUAGACAUGUCAUUGUUCUUGUUUUAUUUGUACUUAAAAUAAGAUAACGUAUAUUUCCUUGUUCUC